CAGAAUCACUUGCACUUUCAUCAGGAUGUGGUUCUGUUUGUAUGUCCUAGCGUUAGCGGCCGUCGCGGUCGCUGAGAUACCAUCAGCACCAUGCAAAAUCAAGGCUGAGGAUUUCGACCAAUGUCUACUAAACGCCUUCAGGCAAAACAUCCCCAAGUUGAGCAAAUCUGGCAUCAAGGAGUUGAACAUGCCUCCUCUUGACCCCUUCUACGUCCCUCAGGUCCUCAUCACCUACAAUGGCAGUGAGAUUACAGCCAAGUCUCUGGUCAGGAACAGCUUUACACACGGCCUCAGGAAUGUCCAGAUCCUUGAUAUCAGAACCAACCUGGAUAACCCAGAGAAGCAAGUAAUCGAGGGAGAUAUAUUCCUGCCUAAGGUUCUCGUAGAGGGAACCUACAAGACUGAGGGUAACUUAGGAAACUUCCCAGUCAACGGCAAGGGUGUCUACAACAUCAGCAUGACUAACGUGAGUGCCACCAUCAAGGUGGAGGGCCACCUCGUCACCUUGAAGGAUAAGGUCCACCUCAAGGUACACAAGGUGGGACUGAGCCCCGAGGUUGGAGGUAUGAAGAUUUACGCGUCCAACCUCAUCAAUGGCAACAAGGAGCUCAGUGAGCUGGCUCUGAACGUGGUCAACCAGUUCUGGAGGAUGUUCUACGUGGAGAUGUUGCCUUACGCAGAGCAAGGGUUUGACGAGGUGCUGCGAGGAGCGAUCAACAAGUACACACUCAACGUUCCUUACGAUCAGAUGUGGCAAGUGGAGUGAUGGAGAGGUCGACGGAGGAAAAAGUACAAAUGCAACUGUUAAAGUGAAGAUUUUAAAUUAUAAGAAAUGUAACGUGAAAGAUGUAUUUAUGUAAUUUUUAUAACUAAAAUAGGAAAUUA